AUGGCCUCACCAAAAUCAGUUUCUAUUGUGUUAAUGUUAACUAUUGUAACAACUAUGAUUUUGAUGAAUAUAGAAGCAAGAACAUGGUGUGUGGUUAAGAGUAGUGCUGCUGGGCCACAACUGCAAAAUGCUUUAAAUUAUGCAUGUGCAAAUGGUGCUGAUUGUAAGCCAAUUCAACCUGGUGGAAGCUGCUAUAAUCCAAACACACUCCAAGGUCAUGCUUCAUAUGCAUUUGAUAGUUACUAUGUCAACAAGCACCAAGCCCCUGGUUCCUGCAGUUUUGGUGGCCUUGCAUCCAUUGCUGUAUCUGAUCCUAGCUAUGGACCAUGUAGAUAUCCUUGA